GUUUGUUCGCACCGUUGCGGCCGUUUUGAAUUAUAAAAUUUGAAAUUGUAACUCAGAAAAGUCUCCGGCCACAACUUGAUCUAAACAUCAUAUGCAUGUCGGCCGCGGAAAACGAAACAACAGAAAUUUUGAAUUGUGUUAACUUGGCUGUGUUUGGCUUUUAAAACAAGGGACUCGGCCGUUUUGAGAAAAUCAUAUUCCAAUGCUGACCUGCCAACGACGGUGCUUGCUCGUCUCAUUUUUUAAAUUCCCGCGUGUUAUAAAUUGACGGCUUAAAAUAGUUUACAUAUUUUACAAACAUAUGUAUGUACGUGUGUGUACAUACAUAUACUAUAUGUAGUAUUAAUAAGUGAUUAAGAAGUGUGAUUUAAUUUGGGAAAGUCGUUGGCUCGAUUUUAAAACAUAUAAGCAGUAAAUACAUACAUACAUAGAUACGUGCAAAGUCAAACAACCGCCGCUUACUGCUGAAACGAGUAGCACUAAAAUGCAGAACUCCCAAUCGUCUUGCGCGUGGUAUCUGCCAUGGUCUUUGGCGGCGCAGCAGCAUCAGCAGAAAAUAAUGCAAAUGCAGGCGCCCUUUUUGGAUAAAAUGGGAGCUUCUUCGAUGGGAGGUGGUAUUUUCGCCACUCAGCCUCAAGUCCAACAACAGCUCUCACCAAACACGGCAGCAGCUCCUCCGUCGAACUAUCAGCAGCCGGCUUUGCAUCCUAGCGCAGCAGCCGGAACACACUUCCCGCAUAUGAGUUCCGCAUAUAAUUUUGGGCCAACACUACUGGGUGCAACCCAUGUGGGGAGCUACCCAGGACAGCUAAAUCCGUGUCCCCAGUCACAUCCCCACAGCCAAACACAAGCUCAUUUGAUGCCAUCUUCCAUGUUCUCGUCAUUGCCUGUGAGUGCAUACUAUGCACCAGCUUCAGGCGUCCCCGUGGCCGCACAACAAACCCUUAUGGCACCAGCCGCACCAGGAUUGACCCAUCAGACGUCGUCUCUUUCCAUGACAGUACAACCAGCACCGCGAGCAUCCCCGUCGGCAUGCGCACUCGUUCAGACACUAAAUUGUCUGCCACCAGAUUUUCAUCACCUGUCGUCGAUUAACCUGAGCAACAUCAUUGAACUGAGGAACCAAGGAGCUGCGCUCUCAUCCAUCAAAGUUGUACCAAAUGUGGAAAUGUUAAAAAAAAAGGAUAUAUCUAACCGGGAGUCGGAGAACGAGAAACUCAAAAUACCAGAAAAGAGGAAAACUGAUAAUAGCGAUCCAAUUAAGGAUUUAAAGAAAGCCAAACUUGAAACAAAGGCUCUGAAAGCCAAAAGACCUGGAUUUACGGAUGAGCGAUAUCAAGAAACAUCCUACUAUAUUGAAAAUGGUCUUCGGAAAGUCUACCCUUACUACUUCACCUUUACGACGUUCACGAAAGGACGUUGGGUGGGAGAAAAGAUUCUGGAUAUAUUUGCUCGAGAGUUUCGUGCACACCCAUCUGAAGAGUACGAACGUUGUAUUCAGGCAGGAACACUGACAGUUAACUUUGAGAAAGUCCCCAUUGAUUACCGACUUAAACACAAUGAUCUGCUCGCUAAUAUAGUUCACAGACAUGAAGUUCCUGUGACAUGUCACCCAAUAAAAAUUGUGCAUAUGAAUGAGGACAUUGUCGUUGUAAAUAAGCCUGCAUCAAUACCUGUACAUCCUUGUGGCCGCUAUAGGCACAAUACUGUUGUUUUCAUACUCGCAAAGGAAUUCAACCUCAAGAACCUGCGCACAAUACACAGGCUUGACCGGUUGACAUCUGGUCUAUUAUUGUUCGGACGGAGCCCAAAGAAGGCACGCCAAAUGGAGCAGCAAAUUCGCAAUAGACAAGUGGAAAAAGAGUAUAUAUGUAGAGUGGAGGGAAUUUUUCCAGAUGAAAUCCUGGAAUGUAAGGAACCCAUUGAGGUUGUAAGUUACAAAAUAGGAGUGUGUAAAGUCUCGCCACGAGGAAAAGAUUGUACCACAACCUUCCAAAAGCUUUCGCAAAAUGGCAAAACUAGUGUGGUACUGUGCAAACCACUUACCGGACGGAUGCAUCAGAUCCGAGUUCACUUGCAAUAUUUAGGUUAUCCGAUUCUUAACGAUCCCCUAUACAACCAUGAAGUCUUUGGCCCCUUGAAGGGUCGUUUUGGGGAUAUCGGUGGAAAGUCAGAUGAUGAGCUUAUACGAGAUCUCAUUAAUAUCCACAACGCGGAGAAUUGGCUGGGAAUAGAUUAUGAAUCCGAUAUAUCUAUAUUUAAAAAUUCUAAGGACGAAACAGAUGGCGAGAGCCUUAGUAGCGAACAAACUUUCGCUAUUCACCAUAGCGACGACGACGGUUGUGCAAAUUCGCGCGAAACUACUCCGCCUUGCUUAGAGCCUAUCCGAGCUGAAGUAGACUCCAAGAAAUUAGAGCCUCCCAACACUUCCAAGGAAUUUGUAGGUACUGACCUAAAGGAACCUAGCGAAACUUCUUCAUCACUGGAGUUAUCCGAUACUAUCCACGCUGUCGAAGGUGGGAAUGCGGAUGUUGGAAUAAAGCUAAAUAAAAUCACAACAGAUGCGCAUUGUUAUGAGUGCAAGGUUCACUACCGUGAUCCCAAGUCUAAGGACCUUAUCAUGUAUCUGCACGCCUGGAAAUAUAAGGGUCCUGGAUGGGAGUACGAAACUGAAUUUCCUUAUUGGGCUCGCCAAGACUGGGACUCAGAGUCUACCUAAGUAGCAACUUUUGAUUUGAUGACAAAAAAAUUACAAAGCACAGAUGAAAGAAUCUUGGACCACAUUAAGUAUAUGAUUUCUGACAAGAAUGACCAACAAUGAGUCUUUUUCUGCAAGAGAUAAUGUCUCUUUUUAUGAAAAGAAUGUAUUUAAAUAAUGUAUUUCUAUAACCAAGUCAUAAUGUCAAAAUCGGUCUAGCUUUCAUAUAGAAAAGAUAUAGGCAUAUAUAAUUAUAUCUGCAAGGGUAUAAAAUGCUUCGGGUUACGGAGCAAGCCUUCCUUUGAAUAAAUAAGUUAAUAAAUGUACAUAUUAAGUUAAUAUGAACUUAGAGAUACGUACAUACAUAUGUAUACCGUACAGCUCUAAGUUAAACGGAAUGGGUCCACAUAGGUCCAAAGAACAAAUAGAACAAAAUUAAUUAUAAACAUUAGAAAAUUCAAAUU